AACCAACUGUUCCUACUCAUACACGAAUCAUCAAUUUUAGAAACAUUACUACUUUUUUUGUCAACAAUAAAGAUUUAUUUAAAAAAAUUAGAUUUAUGCUAAAUAAAAUUAGUUUUUUCCCGAAUCAUUCUUUCCUUCUUCUUUAAUUCUCCUGUCGUUGUUUCCUUUCAAGAAAAAGAGAGAGGAAAUAACGUCCGUCUGAAGCUUUCCGGCGAAAUUCAAGAUCCAAAUCUCGGCAAUGUCGACGUUCUCGCCAUCGUUGGCCGUCCUCUCUCUGAUUCUUCUGAGCCUAUCUCUGGUUUCAUCGACGGAGAUUAACAAGGGAGGAGAGAUUCGAUUACCUUCGGAGAAGACCAACGGCGAAUUCUGCGGGAAAACGUCUAAACCGGCUUCGUGUCCGGUUAAGUGUUUUAGGGCUGAUCCGGUUUGCGGAGAAGACGGCGUUACGUACUGGUGCGGUUGUGCAGAUGCUUUGUGCCAUGGCGUUCGUGUCUCUAAACCGGGUGCUUGUGAUGUUGGUAAUGGCGUUGGGUUGUCUGUUCCUGGACAAGCUCUGCUUUUGAUCCACAUUGUCUGGUUGAUGGCUCUUGGGUUUUCAAUCCUCUUCGGCCUCUUCUGAUUUUUUUUUUUUUUUUUUUUUUUUGUUGGUAGGUUUUGAGGUUGCAACGACUGAAUCUUUUUGUUGAUAAUCAUUGAUAUAAAAUGUUGAGUUUUAUUUCCUAAUUGAUGUGCAGAAAAAAAAAUGAUAUGUAUUGAUAUAUUACAAGAAAACUAUGAGAAAAGAUCAUUGUUUGGUUUGGUC